AGGCAAGCCACCUCCUCCGGGCCGGCGGGAGGCCGCGAGCCCUCAGGUGAGGGGGCGGCGCCGCCAUCGGCCCACGGGGGUGGCGCGGCACCCUCAUAGGCGGCGGCCGAGCGGCGGUUGCGGCUCGCCCGGCCAUGGACUACGCGGGGCUCGCUGAGACGGCUGCCGAGAAGAUGGGGCUGUACCGGCGGGACCCCGGCGGCUGGCGGGGCUGCCGGCGCACGAGCGAGGUUUCCGUGUCUUGGAGACCGUCCGCGGAGUUUGCUGGCAACGUGUACAAGGGCGAGGGCAUCCUGCCUGCCAGCCCCCGGCACGUCUGGGAAUGCAUACAGCCGGUGGCCGGCGGGCCUAGGACCAAGUGGGACCAAAACGUGAAGGACUUUGAGGUCGUUGAAGCCGUCAGCGAUACUGUUUCUGUAUGCAGAACCACAACACCUUCAGCUUUCAUGAGGAUUAUUUCACCAAGAGAAUUUGUGGAUGUGGUACUAGUGAAGCAAUAUGAAGAUGGGACAAUGCUAUCUGCUGCCACCAAUGUGGAACACCCGCUGUGUCCUCCUCAACCAAAUUUUGUGAGAGGUUUUAAUUAUCCCUGUGGCUGUUUCUGUAUACCUCUUCCAGGGGAGCCAGGCAGGACUCAACUCCUCAGUUUCUUUCAGACUGACCUUGGUGGCUAUCUUCCCCAGACGGUGGUGGAUUCCUUCUUUCCAGCUAGCAUAGCUGGAUUUUACAGCAACCUGACCAAAGCUGUUAAGGCAUUAAAAGUGUGACAAGACCAAUUGUUGACAUCACCAGCUGAGGGUAGGAAAAACCUGGCAGCUUAAGGGUAGGAGUAGGAAGUUGCCCUACAGGACUUUUCUAACAGCAAAGAUACUUAGGAAAGGUGAAAGGGGAACAAUGGCUUAAGUAAAGUAAAUUUUUAAAACAUAAUUUUCUACCCAUCUGUAUUCAAACCAAUGCAUCCUUUUCUAAUAUGAUAUCCUUCAUUUUCAUAGUCAAAUAUGACACCAGAGGUUGGAAGAAUCCUGGCAGCAGCGCUGGGGCUGUCUGCGGAGAGAAGAUGCACAAACUAGAUCUGUUCUUGGCCACACUUUGUCAGUGUCUGUGAGGAGGAGCAUUGUGAAAAUCCACUUAGCACUACAGCAUUAGCCAGGUGCAGGCCAGCCCUGUUUUGUCUCUGAAGCUGCCCGCAGGCUCCUGUGGAACAGUGUUCCUUCCCCAAAAGAUGAGGUAGCUCUUCUGCUGCCAGCCCUCAUAGAGCUGCUGAGGUGCUUCAGUGGGUCCAAGCCAGCAAAUGGCCAGAAAAAACUGGAUUGUGCGGUGGGUCCCACUUGUUUGUUCCAGCAGACUUCAAUACUGAUGGUAAAUAUGCAGUGCAAAUCAGUUCUUAGGUCUGUGAGUUGGCAAGCAGACACUCUUUCCCCCCCUUACCAAAACCAGUGAUUUUCAUAGUGUUAGGAAACAAACUGCACUGUCAUAGUGGCAAUAAAUAAAGAGGAUUAAGCACUUUACUUGCCAUUUUUUAAAUUGCACUUAAAAUGGCCAUUUUUAACUGCACUUGAAUCUAGUGCAAUUGUUCUUGAGAGUCUCAUCAUUCUUGUGGUGAGAGGUUUUAACACGUAAAUAAUCUUUUCUGUAGCUUAGCCUUGACUUGACAGGCCGUAAGGACAUUGCUUUUUCUCUAAGACUGGUUUGCUUUGCGGCACUAGCUUGGGAAAUCAGCUUCUGAUCUUGUCUACAGUGAUGCGUCCAGCUUUAGAAAAUAUUUAUGGUGUUGGUUGCUGCAGGAAUGUCAGACAUUACUAUGGAUUAUAUAUACUUACAGCAGAAAAACUAAUUUCUGAAUUAGAAAUAUAAAUGCAGGUUGCAAUUUUAAUGCUGUAACUUGAUCAUUUAACGAGGUUAAUAUGCUCUGCUUUCUGUCCCUGUAUUUGUUUUAUAUUUAGUAUAGGGCGUGGACUUGCAUACAAAGUUUCUACUGUAAAUCUCACUGUAUGGAACAGAUUUUUUUAAGGAAUCGGCUUUUAAUCUAGUCUCUUUUGUGUACAAAGAUGUGAAAACUUGUAUGAGUUUGAAAUAAAUAUUAUUCUGCUACA